GUCUCUUCAAAAUAAACACGCGCGUAUGUUGGUAAAUUCUUUUAGGGCGAGAUGAGAGAGAGAGGAAGAGAGAGAAGGCGAGCAAGUGGACAUCGUUCACGGGAUGGUCGAUCAAUAUAGGGUAUUGAGAAAGAGAAACAGCGAGGAAGAAGCCGUCGUCAGAGGAUCUCACCAGCUGGUACGAGGCGAACGACGAGCGAUCAUGUGCAGGACAAAAAGUCUCAGUUUGGUGGAGCCUAUAACAAAGGCUUGUAUAACCAAGCUACACCAUUUUUCUUCACCAAUUUCCCAGAAGAAUGGAGCUACGCAGAAAUGUGGAAGACUUUUUUACAAUUUGGAAGGGUUUAUGCUGUAUAUAGUCCGAGAAGGAGGAACAGGAACAGUAACAGAUUCGGCUUUGUGCGUUUUCUGGAUGUCAAAGACAAAAAGGAACUGGAAAGGAAGCUUGACCAGAUCUAGAAAUCCCCAAGGAGAGGACCUAAGAUUUCCUCGUAAUCCUGGGCCAACCAUACAAGGAAGAAGCUUUGCUAAUGUGGUGAAAGGUUCACGAAGCAUAGAUAGUAGAAUGGUUUGGCAAGAGAAAGGACCAGGGGAGAACUGGCAAGGCAUGGAGUAUAAGGUAACAUCUGAAGAUUGUGCAUGGCUUGAGGGAACUUAUGUGGGAACGGUCCAUUCUGUUGAGAUGGUCAGGAACCUACAGGAGAAAUUCUACAUGGAGGGAUACUUUCAUUGUCGAAUCCGUGCCAUGGGGGGUAAGCUAGUGCUGCUGGAUUGUGAAGACAAAGAGGAGUUGAAGGAUCUAGUGGAGAUGGCUUCGGAAUGGCUAGGACAAUGGUUCGAAGAGGUACAACCGUGGUCUCCAAAUAAGAUAACUCAGGAGAGGUUUGUGUGGAUCUGGUGCCAAGGAGCUCCAUUGAACGUUUGGGGAUCAGAUUUCUUUGAAAAAAUGGGUAGUUCAUGGGGGAAAUUCAUCUGCUUGGAUGAUAAUACAAGCAAAAAAGGGAGGUUUAACAUUGCAAGAAUGUUGAUAUCCACCCCGAUAAUGGACACGAUAUCCGUUAGGCGCCAGAUCAAGAUCAAUGGCUCGAUCUACAGUUUAAGGUUCUCGAAGGAGGAAUUCACCAACAGUUUCUUCUCAUUAAAACAUCAUUUUAUCCCUUCCUUUCAGAGCGAUUCAGAAGAAAACGAAUCAUGGCCGAUAGAAAGUUUCGAGGGUGAUCAGGAAAUCCAGGAUGUUGGCGGAGUAAGGCAACCCGUGGAUGAGCCCGGUGGUGCAAACGGUGAAGAAGAUGAUGUGGAGAGAUGCGCAGGGGAAACCAACGGUAACAUCCAGCUCCAAGACCCUCAAGACGGUGACAGGACAAUGGAUGUAGUGCCUGACAGCAUAGAAAAUUUUGAAAAUUUUGAAUUUUCAAAGGAAGGCGAAAACAGAGAAUGGACAACGGAUAUGGCUCAAAAGGGGGGGAACGAUGUUGCUGAUGCAGGAUCCAAAAAUGAGGGAGGUGGUCUUUUGGGCUUGGUGGGGCAGAAUAACAGGAUGUCAUAUGGAGAGGUUGUUAAAAAAAGAGUUGGGUCAGAUCGUGGCCCAAACGGUGAGGAUUCCGGUUAUAUAGCCAUGGGCCAAGAUACAAGGAAGGGAGAAAGCCCACUUUCUAUUGGAAGGAAUAUUUUUAGUGGGAAUGACGUAGAGUGUUCUGGUCAAAAAGCCGGUGAAAGAAGGGGUACUUUUGAGAGAAGUUUGGGAAGCGAUGAGGGGAGUGGCGAUGAUGGUGGGCAGAAGCGUGCAGCCGGAUCACAAAAGAGAAGGAAGAUGAGGCUGAGAACAUGCAGAUCUGUUUACCUUCCAAACGGUGCAGCAGCGGGCGAAUCUGUAGGGGACAGUGGGAUCCAGAAUUGCAACAGAUCCAUAAAGAGGAAGAUGCAACGGAAGCUUGCUAAGGAGAUUUGGGAGCUUGCCAAGCAAUUAGGAGCGACGGUAGAUUGUGAUGAGGAGGUGAUCUGCAGAAUUGAUGAAAUGGAGAAAAGAGAUAGCCUAGCCAAAGCUGUCACGGUGAAGAAGGCAGCAGGGAGUGCGAAGAAGCUGUGUAGGAGGGUGUGGGGGACGGAGGAUUUUGACUGGAUAGCCAAGCCUUCUAGGGGACUGUCGGGCGGAUUGCUGUGUAUAUGGGAUAAAAAAAUUUUUAAAAAGGAAGAGGUGUUAGAAGGGGACCAUUUCAUUGGGGUUUUUGGAUUGUGGGGGGAAAAGGGAGUACCAGUUUAUAUCCUAAACAUUUACUCUCCAUGUGAUUUGUCUGGAAAGAGAGCUCUGUGGGAGGAAUUGCACAAUCUGAUCUUAAAUAGGAAAGGCAACUGGUGUUUAGGGGGGGACUUUAACGCUGUCCGGAGCGCAGGGGAACGGGCAGGGUGCAAGGGGAUGUCCAGAGAAAUGAUAGAUUUUGACAGUUUCAUCACUGAAUCUGGGUUGGUGGAUUUACCUAUGGUAGGGAGGAAGUAUACCUGGUAUAAUGCUAAUGGCAAAUAUAUGAGCAGGAUUGACAGAUUCUUGGUUUCAGAGGAAUGGCUUAUGAGAUGGUGCGAUGUAAAACAGUGGGGUUUGGAAAGAACAGUUUCAGACCACUGUCCAAUUUUAUUGAAGCACGAGCGGGUGGACUGGGGACCAAAGCCUUUCAAGAUUUUUGACGCUUGGCUGCAAGAACCUGGGUGCAAGGAGAUAAUUAGGAAUACAUGGAACUCUACGACAGUGGAGGGAUGGUACGGCUUCAAGCUCAAGGAGAAGCUAAAAAGUGUGAAGAAAGCCUUGAAAGAAUGGAGCAGAAACUCAGUGACAGAGGUGAAUAGGAAAAUAAUGGAAGCUGAGAGAGUGAUAGCCCAACUGGAUGAAAGAGGAAAGAAUGUUCAAUUGUCACUGUCCGAAAUUGAAAAGAGGAGAAGUAGUUUUCUUGAUCUAUGGAAGAACCUCAAAUUAAAAGAGAACAUGUGGCAGCAAAAAUCAAGAUUGAUGUGGUUAAAAGAAGGUGAUGCAAACACCAAAUUCUUCCAUAGGUGUGUGAAGGGAAGAUGGAGAAAAAACGAGAUCAACAGCAUCCAGAUUAACGGUGAUCAGCAUAAAGACGUGGGGGAGAUUAAAGAAAAAAUGGCGGGUUAUUUUGAGCAGCUUUAUACAGAAGAUAGGUGGCAGAGACCCAAGUUAGAUGGUAUAAACUUCAGACAGAUUGAUGAGGCAGACAACGAAUCCCUCAUGGCAGCAUUCUCGGAAGAAGAAAUCAAAAAUGCUGUUUGGGAUUGUGAAUCAUCAAAGUCUCCAGGCCCAGAUGGAUUUAAUUUCAAAUUUGUGAAGUGCAUGUGGGAAGAUAUAAAAUCGGAGAUAGCAAGCUUUAUUAGAGAGUUCCAAGAACAUGGAAGGCUUGUAAGAGGUUCUAAUGCUUCUUUCAUAACUCUAAUACCGAAGGGAGAAAACCCCCAAAGGAUUGAAGAGUACAGGCCCAUUUCACUUAUCGGUAUUAUGUACAAGAUAAUUGAGAAGCUAUUAGCAAAUCGCCUCCGGAAAGUGCUGGACAAAGUUAUCGGGGAGCAACAAAUGGCAUUUAUCGAAGGUAGACAGCUGGUUGAUGGUGUGGUUAUUGCUAAUGAAGUGAUUGAUGAGGCGAAGAGGAAUAAGAAGAGAAGCUUCCUUUUCAAGGUCGAUUUCGAAAAAGCAUACGACAAGGUGUGCUGGGAUUUCCUAGACUAUAUGCUGAUGAGGAUGGGCUUCUACAAUACUUGGAGAAUGUGGAUACGUGAGUGUCUACAAUCCAACACGGUCUCAGUACUGGUCAACGGAAGCCCGUCUAGACAAUUCUCAGUCAGCAAGGGACUUCGCCAAGGAGACCCUUUAUCUCCCUUCCUAUUCCUGAUAGUAGCGGAAGGAUUACAUGGUUUAAUGUCUUCUGCAGUUGAAAAAGAGUUAUAUAAGGGCGUGAUAGUGGGCAAGGAUGCGGUUAUGAUCACUCACCUUCAAUUCGCAGAUGAUACCAUCUUUUUUGGGGAAGCAACAGAAAACAACAUCAUGGUGAUUAAAAGUAUAAUGAGGUCUUUUGAGCUGCUCUCCGGGUUGAAAAUUAAUCUACAAAAGAGCCAACUUAUGGGCAUCAAUGUCGAAGACAGCUGGGGAUGCAAAAUGGCCUAUAGAUUAUGCUGCAAAAAAGGGGAAUUUCCAUUUAAAUACCUGGGAAUUCCCAUCGGGGGAAGCCAUAGAAGGCUCACAAUGUGGCAGCCCUUGCUGGAGUCUUUUAAAAAGAAGUUGUCAAGCUGGAAGGGUCGGCAACUUUCUCUUGGGGGUCAAAUUACGCUCAUCAACUCCGUGCUGUCCAGUUUGCCUGUGUUCUUAAUGUCAGUAUACCUUCUUCCAAAAGGCACUCUCAAAGCUAUUGAUAAAAUCCGCAAGAGUUUCCUAUGGGGAGGGGAAGGAGAAAGGAAGAGAAUUAAUUGGGUCAAUUGGAAAAAGGUAUGCAUGCCGAAAGAGUGCGGAGGGCUGGGAGUGAGAGACCUAGAGCAUUUUAACUUGUCACUGAUGGGUAAAUGGUGGGGGAGGCUAGCAGUAAAGGAGGAUGGAUUAUGGAGGAAAGUGAUUGCAAGCAAAUAUGGUGAGGGAAGGAGGCACUGGAUGGAUUGGGUUAGGAAUGGUGCAGGGGCUUGUUCUUGUUGGUGGAGAGAUGUCAGAAGGAUUGAUAAUGUAGAAGGGGAAAUUACAGGGUGGUUAACAGAGGGCUUUAGCCUGAAGCUAGGAGAAGGGAAGGGUGUAAGCUUUUGGUGGGACGAGUGGAGUAGGGGUUUUUGUCUAGCAAACAAAUUCCCGAGAUUGUAUCUCUUAGCUGAAGGAAAGGAGAAAGAGUGCUGCCAAAUGGGAUCUAUGUGCAAUGGAACAUGGAAAUGGAAUAUUACAUGGAGAAGGAAGCUGCUAGAAAGGGAAGAAGAGGCAGCAAAGGAACUCAGCACGGAGAUUGAGGGUGUGAAGAUUGCUCCUGGCCGACCUGAUGAAUGGGAGUGGAUUCACAGCAAGGAUUCCCGUUACUCAACCAAAACAGCGUACUCACUCUUGACAAAGGUACCGAGGUGUCCGACUCAAGAAAGGGUCUUCAAGAGAGUAUGGAAUCCCAACCUGCCAACCAAGAUCUCUGCUUUCAACUGGCAACUGUUGCUCAACAGAUUGCCAACCAAAUCAAAUUUGCUGAAAAGAGGAUUCGGUGUAAUCAUGGGCGAUGGCAAGUGCAGCUUGUGUCAAGAAGAGGAAGAAGACGCAAUCCACUUGUUUUUGAAAUGCAAAAACGUAAGAUGGAUAUGGAAGGAGUGUGAUAGAUGGUGGGGGAUCAAUAUAGAGACACAAGAGGACUGCUGGAAGACAUUUGAACAUCCUGGGACGUGGACCAGAAAUACGAGGAUCAGAAAAGGAUGGGAUUGUACCUGGAGUGUAAUAGUAUGGUCCAUAUGGCUGAUGCGGAAUCAAAGGAUCUUCCAGAACCAAGAGAUGGACCCGGGUAAGCUUUUUGAUUUGGUUCAAAUUCGAUCGUUCUUAUGGUUUAAAGCAAAAAAAGCCUGGUGUUACUUUACUCUUUCGGAUUGGAUUAGCAAUCCUAUUGCACGCCUCACUAAGUAUUGUGGAGGUAAAAGCUAGGGAGGAAUAGUCUGAAAGAUGGAAUUAAGAUGUAGUGGCUGGGUUUUGUGUUAAUGCACUGGGGGUUUAAUUCUCGUCACGGGUUUUGUGUCGACACUUUGAGAGGGUGUCGACACUUUAAAAGUAUGCUUCUCAAUCAGUUUUGUUAAGGGUUUGGGAUACCUCUUGUACUCCGUUUUUUUAAUAUAUAUAUACUUUGCUG